GCUGAAAGCCCCACACUAAGUUUAGAAUUGAGCUGUCGACGAUGUGGUGCAGAGCAAAAGGUCCAUGUGCGUUGUAAUAAUACUACAUCUGGUCAAUUAUUGUAGAUGUGCUUUUCCUUCCAAUCAAAGAGCUAUUGGUUCAGAUCGUCGCGCGUCAAGUGCUGCUAUAGAGACAUCCCUGAUCACGCGUUGGAGACGCUCGCUCGCUAGGUCCUGCCAGCGCAACGACAGCAACCAACGACCCAGCUGUGUGAGAUACAUUUUCGAGAAUUGAUCAACAUGUCACUCUUUGCGCAAUUGCUGCGACACUCACAACGGGUCUCUGCUGUUCCUCGAAUUCGCAUUGCCAGCCAGAGAAGACUCAUGGGUUCAGUCAGUGCUAUCGACUCGGGCAUCUUCCGGACGCUGUUCGGCACGGAGGAGAUCCGGAAGGUGUUCGAUGACAAGGCCUACAUCCAACGCUGUGUCGAUGCGGAAGCAGCACUGGCACGAGCGCAAUCGCGGUGCAAUGUGAUCCCUCCGGAGGUCGGUGACAUGGUGACUUCCAAGGUGGCCCAGUCAGAGCUGGAUCUCGAGCGACUACGACACGAGACGGAAAUCGUGGGUUAUCCCAUCCUGCCUCUCGUCCGACAGCUGUCGGCCAUCUGCGGCGAGGAAGCGGGCAAGUAUGUGCACUGGGGCGCGACAACGCAGGAUAUCAUGGACCUUGCCAGCGUCCUACAGAUGAAGCAAGGCCUGGCCAUUGUGGAGCGCUUGCUAAAGGACGUGAUAAAGACCUUGCGAGAUCUCUCGGAGAGGUACAAGGACACGCCAAUGGCGGGAAGAACCCAUCUGCAGCAUGCGCUGCCUGUUACUUUUGGUUACAAGUGCGCCGUUUGGCUGUCUGGUUUCCAGAGACAUCUGGAACGGUUGGAACAGCUCAAGAGCCGUACGCUGCUUGUCCAAUUUGGCGGUGCAGCUGGUACCCUGGCGUCGCUGGGAAAUGGCGAUGACGGUCUCAGGGUGCGGAGAGCGUUGGCUGAAGAAUUGGGCCUGGCGGACCCUUCCAUUACCUGGCACGUUGCGCGCGACGGUGUUGCGGAGAUCGUCAACUUCCUGGCCCUGAUGGGAGGUUCGAUGGGUAAGCUGGCGCUUGAUAUCAUCGUCAUGUCCUCCAACGAGCUCGGCGAAGUGUCGGAGCCGUUCGUCCCUCACCGCGGUGCAUCUUCGACGAUGCCGCAGAAGCGGAAUCCUAUCUCCAGCGAAGUCAUCCUGGCAGCCUCCAAGAUUCUGCGCUCUAAUGCUGGGCUAGUCCUUGAUGGCAUGGUAGCUGACUUUGAGCGUGCCUCGGGGCCCUGGCAUCUCGAGUGGGUGGCGGUGCCGGAGAGCUUUGUGAUCGCGGUCGGUGCCCUUUUCCAGACACACUUUGCGUUGUCCGGUCUGUCUGUGCACAGCAAGCAGAUGCUUGACAACCUGCACUCCACCAAGGGCCUGAUCGUGGCAGAGGCCGUCAUGAUGGGCAUGGCCCCGUAUGUGGGUCGCCAAAACGCUCACGACAUUGUCUAUGCAGCGUGCAAGGAGAGCAUCGAGAAAAACCUAACGCUUCUCGAGUGCCUGCUCUCCAAGGAAGAAGUCACGUCGAAGAUGGAGGAAGAGCGUCUGCGCGCGCUCUGUGACCCUGUCAACUACCUGGGAGCAUCACAGCAGAUGGUCGACGAUGUUCUCGCGGUGAAGUACUGAGAAUUGUAGAUACCUGAGCGAUUUAGUAUUGCAUUUAUGGGAUAGCAUAAAGAUUGAGUUUUGUCUAUAUCUACCAUCUACAUGAUUUUGCUCAAUUUCCCAGAAUUAUUUUAUCUACCUA